AUGUCUUCUAAACUCCCAUCGUCAACUGUGGACAAGUCCUCCGCUGUGGACGACGCUCUGCUCGCCUCGUUUACGCCAGAGCAGAGGCUGUUCGUGGAGCGUAUCAAGGCUGAAGCAGAAGCACGCGCAGAGCAGGAGAGGCGCGAGAAGGAGGCAGCAGAGGCACGCGCAGAGCAGGAGAGGCGUGAAAGACAGACGCUGCAGCAGCAGAUGGAUCCGACGGCCUUUGCUGAGUACCUGAGCCUCACCGACGAGCUCCUCUUCAAGACGUUUCGCCUGCCGCCACCAUCGACAACCCUCAAGAGCUCGGGUAUGACACGCGUCACCGGAAAGUUCUACCCGCGGCACUUACGCCCCUGGGCGAGCUUCGAGCACGAUCACGCUGCCAUGUUUGCUGUACUGGUAAACACUCUAGGCGAUCGUCCUUUGUUUCCAUCACUGACCGAUGUGCUCGGCGUUGGUCGUGACGUCAGCCCAGGGCCGGCUGACGAGAUGGAUCUUCGGCCGUUUAUCCGCGCGGCUAUUGAGAAGCCGGCCGUGCGGGCCGUGUCUGCUUAUCUGGAGAUCACUGACGACGCUCGCCUGAGCAGGAUCAACUUUCAAAACAAUGCUGCUGGACUCGAUCUCGCCGGGCCUUUUUUAGAACAGCAGCAGGUCGAUGAGGAGACACAACCCCCACCGGCAAAACGGCAGCGAUCCGCUACGAAGGAUAUUGGGAUACCCGACCGCUGGUGUGUGGGCUUCCACCGCGACCAAAGCCGCACGCACCUGCUAGUGGGCGAAUACAAGGCUGCCCAUAAACUACACCCGAAAAAGCUCGCCGCCGUAUUAGUGACUGUACCUCCGGGCGAGGAUUUUUUUACCCAGGUUAUUACGAGUAAAGAAAAGGACGACGAAAAGGACGAAAAGGACGACGGGGAUACCGUGGCAGAUACGCAGCCUGAGACGCAACCUGGGACGCAACCUGGGACGCAGCCCAGGACACAGCCUGAGACAUCUACGAAAUCUACAGUCGACCGCCAACGCAAGAUCGUACCCGGAUCGGCCCUGGUUGCUCGGGUUCUCUGCCAGGCCUACCACUACAUGAUUACAUCUGGUCUUGAAUACGGGUAUGUAGCGUCCGGUGAAGGUCUUGUGUUUUUACGCGUCCUGGAAAACGAACCCGACACACUGUUCUAUUUUGUCCUCCACGUCAGCCAAGAAGAAGAGCCCGCGCCAGAGCAGAAUGAACCACCUCCGGUCCGUCAACCACACCAGACAGCCGCAGCACAUCUCGCCAGCAUGUGCAUGCUUGCCACCCGGUCGACAACACGGCCCCGGAGCUGGAUUGAUGCACGCAAAGACGAUCUGAAGGCGUGGCCGGAGCUGUAUGAUGCAAGCGUGCCUCCGUUGGCUCCGGCGGUGCACCCUCCACGCGGCGAUCCGAACCCACCGAGAGGAGGUGGUGGAGGAAGUAGGAGUGGAGGAGGCAGCGGCCGUGGCGGCGGUAGUGGUGGCGGCGGCAACAGAAGACCGAGUGGCAGUGCCCCAAAACAACCGCGCCCCCCCUCUGGUUCUUCAUAUCGUGGACAAGCGACACAAACAGCGCCCACCCAGUUUAUCGUUGAGCUGCCAACCCUACCUUACUGCACCCAGGCAUGUCUUGUCGGUCUUUGUAACGGCGCCCCGCUUGACCGCAACUGUCCGAAUGUGGCGCAUCACCGCGAAGCCGUGGUGUCAUCUCCGUCGAACAGCACCCGCCAGGACCACCAUCCGCUGACGGCGGCCAAUGUGUGCUCGCGCAUCGUGGCCCAACUUGCGGAAAACAUGGACAAAGACUGCGAGUGUCUCGACCGCUGGGGCUGCUACGGACGCUACGGCGUGCUCUUUAAGAUUACCGUUACUGGGUUCGGUUACACGCUCGUCGCAAAGGGAGUCCAGGCCGUGCACAGCUACAUCCUCGAACGCGAGGCCAACGUCUACCUCACACUCGCGGACAGGGACGCGAAUGUACAGGGCCGCCUUAUUCCUGUGUUUGUUGGCCUUGCUGAGCUGUCGCGACCCCUACCGCUCCACAGCUGUGCGAGCGUGGCUCGGCUCAUACUGUUAUCAUACGCAGGGCCGACGCUGGCGUCACCAGGGAUGCUAAAGAGACUACAGGCCGCUGGCGUGGACUGCGAGGCAGAGGAGGCGCGCACUACGUCUGAGCUCGCCGUUAUCGGGCUCAGAAACAAGGACGUGCGGCCCGAAAAUCUGACAUGGAAUGCCGAGGCCGGCCGCGUCAUGGAAAUUGACUUUGACCAAGCAUGGGUCAAUCCGAAAAAGCCAACAAAGCCAACAACGCCCGAGACGGAGUGCACGAGGAUGAACAUGCCGAGGUCACCGCUCACCAAGCGAACCUAUAGCACGUGCGGCGUGCAGCCACAGCUGAAAAAGGUGCGGCAUACGGAGGCGGAUAAAGGGGCUUGA